CUCACACACAAACAGCAUUUCCAUUUUGUGCAAAGAUGGAACUCUCCUACGUCUCCCUCCUCUCCGCCUUCGUGGUGGCCGUCUCCCUGUCCCUCCACUUCCUCUUCUUCAAGCCGCACAAGCCCGCCGGCCUCCCCCCGGGCCGCACCGGCUGGCCCGUCGUCGGCGAGAGCCUCGAGUUCCUCUCCACCGGCUGGAAGGGCCACCCGGAGAAGUUCAUCUUCGACCGCAUCGCCCGCUACUCCUCCUCCGUCUUCCGCACCCACCUCCUCGGCGAACGCGCCGCCGUCUUCUGCGGCGCCGCCGGCAACAAGUUCCUCUUCUCCAACGAGAACAAGCUCGUCCGCGCGUGGUGGCCCGCCUCCGUCGACAAGGUGUUCCCGUCGUCGUCGCAGUCGUCGUCGUCCCAGGAGGAGGCCAUCAAGAUGCGGAGGAUGCUCCCCACCUUCUUCAAGCCGGAGGCCCUGCAGCGCUACGUGGGGGUCAUGGACCACAUCGCGCAGCGCCACUUCGCCUCCGGCUGGGAGGGGAAGGACGAGGUCCUCGUCUUCCCCCUCUCCAAGCACUACACCUUCUGGGUGGCGUGCCGCCUAUUUGUCAGCGUGGAGGACCCCGCCCACGUGGACAGGUUCGCGGCGCCGUUUGGCGAGCUGGCGUCCGGGCUGAUCUCGGUGCCCGUGGAUCUGCCCGGGACGCCGUUUAAUAAGGCGAUCAAGGCGUCCAAUUUUAUAAGGAAGGAGCUGCUGGAGAUCAUAAAGCGGAGGAAGGUUGAUCUCUCCGAGGGGAAGGCCUCGCCCACGCAGGAUAUCUUGUCGCAUAUGCUUCUCACUAGUGAUGAGAGUGGCAAAUUUAUGCAUGAGUUGGAUAUUGCUGACAAGAUAUUGGGGUUGCUCAUUGGUGGCCAUGACACUGCUAGCUCUGCAUGCGCCUUCGUUGUGAAAUAUCUGGCUGAGCUGCCUCAGAUUUACCAAGGAGUCUAUAAGGAACAAAUGGAAAUUGCGAAUUCGAAGAAGGAAGGAGAAUUGCUGAAUUGGGAAGAUAUCCAAAAAAUGAAAUAUUCAUGGAAUGUAGCAUGUGAAGUUUUAAGACUUGCACCACCUCUUCAGGGAGCUUUCAGAGAAGCCCUGUCUGAUUUCAUGUAUAACGGUUUCACUAUCCCCAAGGGUUGGAAGAUAUAUUGGAGUGCAAACUCAACCCACAUAAACCCAGACUGCUUCCCUGAGCCUAAGAAAUUUGACCCAUCUCGAUUCGAGGGCACAGGGCCAGCGCCAUACACUUUCGUCCCAUUCGGUGGAGGGCCUAGGAUGUGCCCCGGGAAAGAGUACGCCCGCCUGGAGAUCCUGGUGUUCAUGCAUCACCUCGUCAAAAGAUUUAGGUGGGAGAAAAUUAUUCCCGAUGAGAAGAUUGUCGUAAAUCCGAUGCCCAUUCCAGCCAAGGGAUUGCCGGUUCGUCUCUACCCACACAAAGCUUGAAUCUUCUUAGCCUGUAACAAAAAGCCUAGCUACUCCUUAAUUAAAUUGUCUUGUACUGUAAUUGUGUGCCAAGAAUCAAACCUUCUUCAAAUGUUUAAUAAACAAAAUGAUUUCUUUUUAUA